AUGCGUUUACAACGACAGAAGAGACAGGAAAAGCAUGUCAAGUUUUAUGCGACGCGGUUUGGGUACCGCCCGCCUUUUCGGGUGAUCCUCGACAGCGCGUUCCUGGGGGAGCUGGUGCAGCGCCGCUCGAGCAAAGCGCUUCCGUCGCUGUUUAUAAGGGUGUUCGGGAAGAACCAGGUACGUACCUUGGUAACUACGUGCACGAUGCGAGCGAUUUCAAGGAAAAUUAAGAUUGCUGAUAGAGAAAAUCAGACGGGUAAGGUUCCGCACUCCACAGGUGGAGGCGCAGAGGUCCAGCGUUCGUCUGCUGAGCAAAAACGCGUGGGCGAUCACUGGCGACGGGUCAGUUGGCUAGCUCGUCAGCUGGAGCUCCUCCCAUGUGGACACCCGAAACACAAGGAGCUUGAUCCUGGUCAGGAACACUUUGAAGCGGACUGCAUUCAAGCCUGCGUCGAGCGUGGCCCCGAGACUGCGCAGCAGGCGGGACUGACACGCUCCCGAGGCCGUUUUGCGGUAGCGGCACUGGAUAGCACUCUGCGAUCGCGCUUGAAGGCGACGGCUGGUACGAUGUUGCUCCAAUUGGCUGUUUUCAGUGGUGGCUUGCACGUCCAGAUAGAGCCGCCCUCAACGGCUUGUCUUCAGGAGGCGCGCGAGCAACAUCAACGAGUGUACGCGGCGACACCGGCCGAGGUAGCGGCUGCGCAUGAGGCUCAGCGGGCGCUCCAACAAAGCAGCAGUCCGGCAGCGUCUGGUUAUAGGUUGUCACUUGCAAAGGUGAACGAACCCGCAGCGGCUUCAGAGCUGCAGGUGCGUACUGGCGAGUUGGGCACGAAUCCCGACGCUUCGCGUGCGCUCCCGGACUCGGCCAACGUGGCGCGUGUUUCACGUCCAAAGAGGACAACAAAGCUGCCCUGGAUGGACGCCAAAACGAAUAUUACGAAAGCUUUCAAACGAAACAAGUCGCGGGGCCCGAAUCCGCUAUCGCGAAGAAAACCGCAACGGAAGACUUGA